AUGCGUAAGCAGUUCGAAGCCAUGCUCGCCAAAGCUGGCUUUAAAUUGCACAAAUGUUGUUCCAAUCGAGAAGAGGUUUUGGGGGAUCUUACUGCCGAUAAACUGGAGCAGAAAGUUCUGUUCAGCGAAGAAGGUCGUACGAAAACGCUUGGGUUAACUUGGCAACCCUCUCAAGAUAUUUUCGGCUUCGAAAUUCCCUCGGCAGCGUUCAGCGAAGGCACCCCAACAAAACGGAAAGUACUCUCCGACAUAUCGAAGCUUUUCGAUCCGCUAGGAUUCGCCGGUCCAGUGAUUAUGACGGGAAAACUAUUAAUGCAAGAAUUGUGGAAGCAGAAGCAAACCUGGGAUGAAGCGCUGGGAGCAAAGGAAGAAAAAAUGUGGUACGAGUUUCGACGUCAACUGCAACAGAUGGAGGGUCUCAAGAUUAGUCGUUGUGUGCUUCCUCUCCGAAAUACGAUUAGUGUCGAACUACUGGGCUUCAGCGAUGCGUCCGAAAAAGGUUAUGGGGCUUGCUUGUAUCUGAGGUCACGAAACAUUGAAGGUCUAGUCGCAAUAAGGUUGUUGUGUUCGAAAUCGCAUGUAGCACCACUCAAGGCAAACCGUGCCACGAUUCCGCGCUUAGAACUUUGUGGAGCCGUACUGCUCGCUCAAUUAGUCGACCAAGUAACACGAUCCCUACCCGUUGAUAUCGAUCAAGUCAAACUUUGGAGCGAUUCAACAAUUGCACUUAGCUGGAUUAACACUUGCCCCAGCAAGCUUGAAGUUUUCGUUGCCAACCGCGUCGCCAAAAUAGUGAAGGUUACACGGCCUAGUAACUGGUACCAUGUCGGCGGCCAUGAAAAUCCCGCCGAUUUGGUCUCGCGCGGAAUAAUGCCAAGUGAACUCCAAUCUGCGAAACUCUGGUGGCGUGGACCGAUGUUCCUGAAGGAUCCUGAAAACACCUGGGGCAAGAACGUUGAAUUAAUUCCAGAAGAAGAGCUCCCUGAGCUGAUAACAAUCACUGCCAUGCCGGUGGUGACGGAAAGGUUCCAGUUAUUCGACAGCUGCAGCAGCUACAACACUAUGGUGCGAGUUAUCGCACGAAUCAAGCGUUUGUUCCAGAAUCGCAAAAGAAGUCCUGUUCAGCAGCUACGAGGAGAAUACACCAUGCAUGAGCUUCGAUUAGCCAAAUUGACUCUUGUUCGCCUAGUCCAGAAGGAGGUCUAUCCGGAAGUAUUCGCCCAGUUGCAGAGCCAGACAACCAUGGCAUCCUCAGGGUCGGAGGACGUCUAG